AUGUGCGGAGUACUAACUACAGACUACGUACGUGGUGUACACUAUGCCUACUCCAUCGCCAACACCAUCGCCAACACCAUCGCCAACACCAACGCCAACGCCAACACCAUCGCCAACGCCAAUGCCGACAUGAACUCUCCCGUGCGCCACGUGGAUCGUGGACCUCAUACGUGGCUACUACGAUACGGAGUACACUACCCCUACUCCAUCGCCAACGCCAACGCCAAUAUCGCCAUGAAGUCUCCCGAGCCCGAGCCCGUGCGCUGCGUGGAUCGUGGUGUCCAUUACCCCUACUCCAUCGCCAUCGCCAAUGCCAGCACCAACGCCAAUGUCGGUCGACAUGACAUGAAGUCCCUCGAGCCCGGCCCGUGCGCUGCGUGGAUCGUGGACCUCGUACGGGGCUGCUAUAUGGAUUACUAUACUAGUUGGUGUGCUGCCCGGCCCGCGCCUCUAACUCUGAUCUGA